AUGAAAGCAUAUUUAUUUCAAUGGGGUGGUUAUUUGCCACCAUUUUAUAAAUAUGCCGUUUUUUUGCUUUGUGGUUUUGAACUUAUCGUUUCUGCUAUGUCAAUGGCUGUGGCGCAAAAGUAUUAUGAAUUAUGUACGAUACUAUUUCCAAUAGCAAUGUAUAUGUUUGAUGAUACUAAAAGAAAAAAAAUUGAAGGAUUUAUUUGGACAAUGAAUGAGCGACAAAUACUUCAAAAU